AUGGGGGAUUGGAAUCUGCUGGGGAGCAUCUUAGAAGAGGUCCACAUCCAUUCCACUAUUGUGGGGAAAAUUUGGCUGACCAUCCUCUUUAUCUUCCGAAUGCUUGUGCUUGGCGUGGCUGCCGAGGACGUUUGGGACGAUGAGCAGAGUGAAUUUGUCUGCAACACAGAGCAGCCUGGGUGCAAGAACGUGUGCUAUGACCAAGCCUUCCCAAUAUCCAUGAUAAGGUACUGGGUGCUGCAGAUCAUCUUUGUGUCGUCGCCCUCUCUGGUGUACAUGGGGCAUGCCUUGUAUCGUCUGCGCACCCUGGAGAAGGAGCGGCACAAGAAGAAAGCCCUGCUGAAGCUGGAGCUGGAGAUGACCGAGGGGCUCGUGGACGAGCACAAGCGGGUGGAGCGAGAGCUGAAGAAGCUGGAGGAGCAGAAGAAGGUGAGGAAAGCGCCACUCCGGGGCUCCUUGCUGCGUACAUAUGUUUUCCAUAUCCUGACCAGAUCAGUUGUUGAAGUGGGCUUCAUCAUUGGGCAGUAUGUUCUUUAUGGCGUUGGUCUGGAUCCAUUGUACAAGUGUGAGAGGUUACCCUGCCCUAACAGUGUGGAUUGCUUCGUAUCGAGGCCAACUGAGAAAAACAUUUUCAUGAUCUUCAUGUUGGUCAUUGCAGGUGUUUCUCUGUUUCUAAACCUCCUAGAGAUAUUUCACCUUGGGGUGAAAAAGAUUAAACAGAGCAUACAUGGCAGCAAAGGUCUGGAUGAGGACAGCAUAUGCAGGUCUAAGAAAAACUCAAUGGUCCAACAGGUCUGUGUCCUGACCAACUCCUCUCCUCAAAAACUGAUCCAUCUGACCCAUGCAACCUGUGCAGUCAUACCAGAUGGUCAGGUGGACCCUCAACCCUAUGGACAUCCCCAGCCUAAUCAGGAGGUGAACAACAACGAUAUCACCAAUGGCUCUGAUCACGGCCGGCAGAAUCGCCUGCCCAGUCAGGCUGACCUCCCUGCCCUGCGACAACUAGGUGCCACAGAGCGCCGGCUCACCCUCGAUACCCGGCAAGUGUCCUGCAGCAGCGAGGAGUCCAACGGGGCCAAGGGCUUGGCACCCCCGAGAAACGUGGCGCCACAGCAGCGGGCCAUGCGCAAGCAGAGCCGAGUCAGCAUCUGCAACAACAACCUGAGCGAGGACCUGAGCGACUCCCCAGACAGCACCAACUACCCCACAGCCAGGAAGGCCAGCUUCAUGUCCCGCGGCCUCUCCAACACUCCCUCUGACAGCCCGGACUCCAACGCAGGCUCUGACGCGGAGGGCAAGUGCAUCGCUGAAGGGGAGAGUCCACCUGCCACUCCGCCCCCUGCCAGCGGAAGGAGAAUGUCAAUGAGUAUGAUUCUGGAACUGUCUUCAAUCAUGAAGAAAUGAGCUGGAACUGGGGCAACAGACGCACCAGACUGGGCUCUCCGCUCCACGGAUGCCAGCAGCAAGCCGCGCUCCCCCUUUGCUUAAUUGCAUAAUUAUUGACAUAUUUGCUCUGCAUGAGCAGUUA